UUGAGUACGGAGAUUCCGCUUGCGGAGAUCCGCCAUUGUGUCUGCAUCCAGGUCCCACUCAAUUCGUGAGCGGGAAGGCACUUCUGCUGUUACACAUGUCAACAACUGGAUUCUACCAGACGCUGAGACAACCAGUUAUCAGAAGCAACAUCGUUGUUAGGUUUCGGCACCUGUGGGAUUUUGUGAGAGUUUGUUUUAACAGCGGUUGAUAUAGGAGGAGUCAUGCAGGCCUUUUUGAAAGGAGUAACUGUUCAGACUACCAGACCUCAGAAAGACAAGGCAGCAGCAGGGCCCAGUACAGAGAAGAAAGCCAAGGCUAUUCCUUGGGUAGAAAAAUACAGGCCGAAGUGUGUUGAUGAGGUGGCCUUUCAGGAUGAGGUGGUAGCAGUGCUGAAGAAAUCUCUGGAAGGAGCAGAUCUUCCCAACUUGCUUUUCUAUGGCCCUCCUGGAACAGGAAAGACCUCCACCAUCUUAGCUGCUGCCAGAGAACUUUAUGGUCCAGAGCUGUACAGACAGAGGGUGCUGGAGCUCAACGCCUCUGAUGAACGAGGCAUCCAGGUCGUCAGAGAGAAGGUCAAGAACUUUGCUCAGCUCAUCGUAGCUGGGACUCGCCAAGAUGGGAAGCCGUGUCCUCCUUUUAAGAUCAUCAUCCUGGAUGAGGCAGAUUCCAUGACGGCACCAGCUCAGGCUGCUCUCAGGCGGACCAUGGAGAAGGAAUCCCGCACCACCCGCUUCUGCCUCAUCUGUAACUACAUCAGCAGGAUUAUUGAGCCUCUGACCUCUAGAUGUUCCAAGUUUCGCUUCAAACCUCUAGCAAAUCAGAUCCAAGAAGAGCGCCUGCUGGAGAUCUGUGAGAAGGAGAAUCUCAAGUACACCAAAGAGAGUAUAGCAGCAUUGGUGAGGGUGUCUGAGGGAGACCUGCGGAAAGCCAUCACCUUCCUCCAGAGUGCAGCGCGCCUCAACAUCAACAAGGAGAUCACAGAACGCGCUGUCAUUGAAAUAGCCGGGGUCAUCCCUCCCAAGAUGAUUGACAACUUGCUCCAGAUCUGCUUCAAAGGAACAUUUGAGAAACUAGAGGUUGCAGUCAGGAGCAUGGUGGAUGAAGGCUAUGCAGCCACACAGAUUCUGAGUCAGCUCCAUGAGUCUAUCAUAGAGCAGGACCUGAGUGACAAGCAGAAGUCAGCCAUCACAGAGAAGAUGGCAGUUGUGGGCAAGUGCCUGUCAGAUGGUGCAGAUGAGUACCUGCAAAUGUUGAGUCUGUGCUCAGUCAUCAUGCAGCAGGCCUCCCAGAACAACUAAGCAGCAAAGCCUCAUCUGCUUCCAGCAGGACCAACUGAGACAUCAGCACUUCACUCAGAUUCAGCUAAGUUUGUUCAGAGUUGCUUUUAGGGAUGUCCACCAGAGGAUACGAGAUGAUAGUGGUGUUGUUUACUGUCAGAGACCAGAUGAGCACUUCAAUAAAUAAGACACAACUAUGUGAACUUGCUUUCAAAAUCUCUGUUAUUGUUUAAUCACCCAUCCGAUGUCUCUUUAUUCCUUUUCAUUCAUGUAACUACUUACAUCUUCUUAGAUCUUUGUACACUUUUUGCAUUUUGGAAAGUAAUAAAUAGUUUUUCGUA